CCUUUAUAAACCCAUUCUUUUAAGCUACACUUUCUUUCUCAAUAAUCAAAAUAAUACCAAACACCAUGUCAUCGGACCACCCAAUCCUCCACCGGCGGCCCACCUGCAACCGCAACCUUAACAACUCUCCAUCGCCACCUCCGCCGCCACCUCCACCGCCAUCAUCUAAACCCAAUGUCACUACCACCCUCUACCACACCCACAUCGGCAUCUUCGCUCUCACCUGGUCCCGCACCCUCUUCGGCCGAUCUCUCUACCUCCACCUCCUCCCUUCCUCCGCCAACGACGACGAUGACGAUUCCAUUUCCACCACUUCAUCCACCCAAACCGCCGCCGCCACUCCUUCCUUCCACUUACAAAUUAAACCCUUGAUUUUCUGGAAUAGACAUGGCUCCAAGAAGAUCCCAAUCUCUAGCAAUAAAAACGAGUUCAUCCACAUCUAUUACGAUCUGUCUCGGGCCAAGUUCGGAUCAGGUCCAGAACCCAUAUCAGGAUUCUACAUCGCCGCCACUGUCUCCGGUCAAAUGACACUCCUCGUCGGAGAUUCCCCGAAACAAGCCUACUCCAAGGCUAAAUCGACUCAAUCGAUUAAAAACCAGAUCACCGUCCUCCGCCGCGAACACGUCUACGGCAUAGCCAACAAGAAAUACAACACCAAAGCAACUUUCCGGGGCAAAACUCGAGAGAUAACCAUAGAUUGCACUCGAGUGGCCGGCGGCGACGAUUCUAGAUUAUACUUCUCAGUUGACAACAAAAGGGUAUUGGUAGUGAAACAUCUGCAAUGGAAAUUCAGGGGUAACGAAAGAGUCGAAAUCGACGGCGUUCACAUUCAAAUUUCGUGGGAUGUUCACAACUGGCUUUUAGAAGAAGAAAUCGACGACGGUUACGCAUUAUUCAUGUUCAGAUUCGAAAAAUCCGGAUUCGAUUACCACGAAGACGACAAGUACUUAUCUCGAUUGAAUGCAUCUGGGUCUGGUAUUUCCGGAAUGGGAUCAGGUUUCGGAUUUGGAUUCGAGAUGAAGAAGAUGAAGAAAGGAAUGUUGAAGAGGGUGAAAAGCUCGUCGUCGUCAUCACUGUCGUCGGCGUCCUCCGGCUGUGGAUCGGUGAUGGAAUGGGAAAGUGUCGAGGAGAAUGAACUCAAAGGGCCUUCUGGUUUUUCAUUGCUUGUUUAUGCUUGGAAGAGUUAACAAUCAUUGAUCAAAAAUGGUGCUCGAAGAAGAUGAUCCCAAAUAGUUUUCCGGUAUAUUUUUUUUGAUCUUUUUUUGUCAAUGUGAAGUGAGAAUUAUUCGGAAUUAAUUUUCUUGAGUGAUUAAUUUUUUGAUUUUUAGUAAGAAAUUGUUGGGGAUUAAAUUUUUUUCGAGGACAAUUGAAUUUGUUGUUUGGUGUUUGGUGUCAUUAACAUGAAUACUUGUAACAAAAGAGAAGGAAUUCAUUCAUCAAUGUAAUAUAAAUUGUUGUUUUUU